AUGGCACCCAGACUCCGCGCAAAGCCGAACACGCAUGCUAGAAUGCAGAGAACUUCAACCCAGUUCAACGAGCUGGACGUUACUCCCAAUAGGCAUGAAGGGAAUGCAGAUGAACCAUUCCCUGGCUACCCUAACUCUGAACCUAUCCUUGUUGAUAAAGAUGAACAGCUCGCCAAGCCUUUUACUUGGUCGGACGCUGGCUCGACAACAAACAAUACCAGACGCAGUUCUCCAGCUGAGUUUGGGGAUUUGUCCACUGACGAUGUGUGGGACUUCGAAGAGUCUUUGGCCCCCUUCUCAAGUCCAACUUCGGAAAAGAACCAUCUUCCAGAUACAAUGCCUUUAGCGUCUGCAGAACAAAACGACCAAUCGCGUACUCCAACGAAAAAAGUCGAUUUCUCCGAAACCGCGUCCACCAUUUAUCGCAGCUCCUCUUUCGUAGGAGGCAACGAACCCAAAGAUAUCUGGAAUUUUGACGAUAGCCCGACAGAUAGCAGCCCCAUUCCGGAAACAUCUAAAAAGAUGCCAACUAUAUCGUCAGGUCAUCUACCAGCCGACGAGCUUUAUGACUUGACUCCUAAGAAAUCUGUACCAACGCCAGCUGCUGCUGCAUCAAUGCCAGCCGCAGCCAAACCAAACGGCAGCCAGCCAGUCGUCAAUGAAGAGACCAAGAGAUGUUCGUCCAAACCAGCUUUACAGCCAAGGGAAAAGAAGCAGCGACCGAGAGCGAAAAAGCCCAUUCGCUUCGAUUCACUUACUCAAGAGAUACUGGAAGAGCCCACGUCUAAGAAGAGAAAACAACCCGUACCUGUUAGAUUGCCCAUCGUCAGCGCUUUGAAAGAAUCUGCCAAGGCAUCAAGUUCUCCAGUCACAGGUUCUGAAAAACCAAAGCCGAAACGCAAGCGGCCGCAGAAAAAAGUCCAGCCAGAAAUACCUCCAGCCCCCCCAAAUCCCCCAACACCCAGAGCUGAAGGUGUUAUAACCUUUAUCGACAGCCCAGUUCAGGCGGCUGCCGAAAGUCCCUCGGAAUACCAUCCAGAGCUCCCAAAUACUAGAAAAGGUGACGAUUCUAACGGAAGCCUUUCUGUUAGCAGUGGUGAUGACUUCACUGUAAUACGGGAGCCAAAGCAACAACAUCGCCGUGUACCAGCAGUAAUCGACAGGCAGGACAAUACUCUGAACGAAUCUGGGGCAAUUUUUGCCGAACAACAAUACGGAGCAAAGAGAAGACGUCUGUCAAGACAGUUCAGUGUGUCGGAAAAGGGCAGUCCGGUUGUUCUCAAUGACGCUAUCCUUCCUGAGAAUAUUCAGCCCGUGCCUGUCAAACCGCAUCCUCCUAUGAGUGGUGGUCCAGAGCUAUCCACUGCCACACAAUCCUCAUCCUUUUUGAGGGGCACAUCGAGUGGUAAGCAUAUUGAACAGCAGCAUAGCAGUGCUUUCGGCGACAUCAAUGGCAAGUCCUCGUCGCAAUGGUUGCGGCGGGUAAGCGACAAAGCACCCAUUCCGAAGUGCAAGCCAGGUAUUGGGAAAAAAUUACAUGAUGAGAUUAUGAAAAGCUUCCUUGGACAAACAGAGGCGGAACAAGAACCUCAAGAACCCGAAGCAAAAUCGACCUCUGCUGCCAGUCCCAAUCAUGUCGAAACCCAGAUACGCCAUGCCGUUAACCAAUUGAUUGCUCAAUUAGAUAAUAAGAAGAAGGAGAUUUUCAACGUUGUCGACACGUAUCAAAAAAAUGGACAAGAUUCUGUGCUACAUCUCAAGCAGCAAUGUCUGCGAGAUAGUAGCAUCUUGGUGCAAACCCUCCACAGCGAUAACGGAUUAUUUGGCCAGAAAUUGCGAUCAACCACAGAAGCGAUUGAGGCUCACGGCUUGGCUAGGACGAAAUCUGCAUUGGAGCUUGACAGUGCAGUUCAAAGUCGACAUCAAGCAUACGAUCGAAGUAGACAGAGCCUCAGAGGCCUGAGGGACGUGAUUAUUCGCGAAAAGAAUACUGUGGUGUGA